GGUGUCAGCAGUUCCGGUGAAGGCGGCCCAUCGAGCCCGCUCCCCGCGGCCCCAUGGAGGGAAGAGGAACAGGAACCAGAACGCAGACGGCCCUUGCGCCGGAGCCAGGCGGGCGGCGGGCGGCGGGUCCCGGAUCCCGUCGCGCUGACUCCGCUCGGCGCGGGCCGCCCUCCCCGCGUCCGCCCUUCGGUCCAGGGGGGACGGGACCCCGGUAGCCGCCAGAGCCCAGGCCCGAGGCCCCGCGGCCUGAGCGCCUGGCAGGCAGUCUGUUUUGUUCAGGUUUAAGUCAUGGGCCUCCUAAGGGGGAUUUUUGUUUCCUGUUUUUAUUUUCAGAACCGAGUUGGUGGAUUGGACCGUCCUCCGCCGCUCUCGCCCGGACCUGCACCGCGCGGCUCCCCCCCCAGCCGGUGGGGGCCCCGCUCGCCUUUCAAAAGCGCCGCCGGUGGCAGCGGUGCGGGCGCCUCCAGGUCUUGGGUUGGAUCCUGGUCGGGGUGGGCGGGAGGCAGCUGCCCAUUGGCGUUUCUGUCUCACGUGGAUGUUUCUCUGUCUCCCUCUCCCUUCCUCUCUAAAAAUCAAUGAGGACAUAUCCUCAGCACUCUGAAACUUUAAUCUCAUUUCCUAGUCAAAGAAGAGAAUAAUCCCAUUUCAGUGGAUUCUAAGACAUUGAUAUAUAACAGGAAUAAAGAGGGUAAACCCAUAAGUGGGAAAGAGUUACAGAAGAAUGUCAGUCAACCAAGAAAGGAAGAGUCAAGGAGUUCCUGAAGACGCUCUGGCUAACCAAGACACAUCUUCAUUGACCGAUGUUGUAGAGCAAGUUGCAAAGCAACAACAAUCACAAACAUCAGAAAUAGAAAAAAACAAAAAAGUUCUGUUUCGUUUACAGAAUGAACUUCAUGAGCUAGAAAAACAAAUAGCAACUGUUUCUGCAGAAACUAAAGAAACAGAAAAGCUAAUUUAUCAGCAAGAUGUUGCCAUAGAGAAUAGCAAACUUCAGUGUGAAAACCUGGAAACACAAAUCAAAUCCUUACAUACAGAAAAUGUAAAGCUUAAAUUUGAUAUAGAAGCAGCCCAAGAAGAUUUCAAGGAACACGUGAUAAAAUAUAAUGAAUACUAUGCAAAAAUUAAAGUGCAUAAAGAUAGCUCGGGGGAGGAAGAAAGCAAAUGGCCAUUUAUGAUUGAACUACGUGAAAAACAAGAUCUUGUUAAAAAACUGAAGAUAAUGAAAGAGGAACUUAGGCAAGAUCUCCAGAAUCCGAUGAAACAAGUACAGGAAGACAUUACAAAGCUAAAGGAUAAAAUCACAACUACAAAAGAAUCUAUCAUUGAAAAAACUUGUUUUCUUGAGGAAGAAAAUAAGACACAUGAAAAAUUAAGAAAAGAAAUAGAGGUACAAAAUAAGAGAUAUGGUGCAAUUCUUAAGCGUUUGCAUUGUCAGCUGAACAAGCUUCAGUCAAAUAGAAAGCAAUGGCAGUGGAACAUUCAACAACUAGAAAAAACUGCAGCUGAACUAAGAAAAUGCAUUGCAAUGAAAGAUUAACAUGGCCUUAGGACAAUGUAGAGCACAGAGUAUUGCCACAAAAAUUACAGGCAAGAAUGUUGAGAAAUCAUUCAAAUUCUUGUUUCUAAUUAAUUAAUUUUUAUUGAAGUAUAGUUGACAUACAAUAUAUUUGUUUCAGGUGUGCAACACAGUGAUUCUAUAUUUAUAUAUAGCUUCCACUGUCAGAGGUCUGUCCUAAUGGCAGAUAUAUUUAUCUUUUUUUAAUUAGUCCUUCCACCCCUACAAUUGAUAGCAGUAGAAAGACAAUAGGAAUGCUUACAGAAGAAUAGUAGAUGACUCCAUGAACAUUUUUCAUGUAUAAGAUGUAUUGUACUCAUGAAUGCCUGUUUAUAAAUUGUUGCCUUCACUAUUAUUUGAAGUAAAAAUUUAGAAGAAAAGAAACUCUUGAAUUUACAAUGAUUUAAAUUGUUAAGAUAUUUAAACAGUUGUCUGUUUCAAACUUUAUUAAAACUUGUUUUUUUACUACUGCCUUUACAGCAGUCCAUAAAUAUUAACAUUUACAAUAAUAUUAUAUGUUCAGUGCCUCAGGUAUGUUUCUUAGUUUUUCUUCUUCAUUCAGAACCUGGCAAUCAUUUUUCUUUGUUAUCAAAUAAUGUAUUUUUAGAGUGUUGCAAAGCAUAAUUUUUUUUGUUCAUGCUUCUGUCUAUAAAUUAUUUAUUACUAUUCUAUGACUAAAAUAACAUUGUGUAAAGUAAACUUAUAAGCUCUUUAAAAAUGUUAACCAUUAUAGACAAAUGUUUUUAUUUUUUAUUUUUAUUGAAAUGCAAAUACUAUGUUCAUGGCAAAAAUCAAAAUUUAAUUUGUCCCUUGUAAGAUAAAAGUGCUCCUUCUCAUGGUCCUAUUGAGUAAAAUUUUUAGGAACAAAAAUAAAAUAUUAAUUAUUAA